AUGAGCAAUAUAGACUUGGACAAGCCCCGUUACGACCAGAGCGUAUAUUCGGGGCGCGCCAAACACUUCCUCCUGCUUACCAAUCCCCUGAACAUACUGGCAAGCGACAAGGAGCUGGACGAUGCGAAGAAAAUCGUCGACGAGUUCAGAAAAACGCGCAAGAUGCCAGCAGGCUACGACGAGGAUAAGCUGUGGGAGAAGAAAUACUUAUACGACAGCGCCUUCCACCCUGACACUGGCGAGAAGAUGUUCGUGCUCGGCAGAAUGGCGGCCCAGGCGCCGAUGAACACGCUAAUAACUGGCGGGAUGAUCACGUUCUACAAAACAACACCGGCUACCGUGUUCUGGCAAUGGCUCAAUCAGACCUUCAACGCCCUCGUCAACUACACCAACCGUUCUGGCGACGCGCCGAUCAGCACUACGCAACUGUUCGCUUCGUACUGCGCCGCGUGCGGUGGAGCUUUGGGCACGGCGUUGUACCUCAACAGCAAAGUCAAGAACAUGAAGCCGAUAUACGCGCGUCUGGUGCCGUUCGCGGCCGUAUGCGGCGCCAACUUCAUCAACAUCCCGAUGAUGAGGAGCAACGAGCUGAUGAGCGGCACGCCCGUGUUCACGCCCGACGGCCAAAGGGUGGGCGAUUCGAAGAACGCCGCCCGCAUGGGCAUCGGCCUAGUGUGUAUCUCGCGCGUGUUCAUGGCCCUCCCCGGGAUGACCUUAACGCCCGUCAUCACGAACAUUGCCACUAAGCGUGGACUGUUCAACAAGUACCCAUUCGCCGCGAUGCCGUUCCAACUUAUACUGGUCGGCAUGUGCGUCACUUUCGCGACUCCGCUCUGCUGCGCCCUCUUCGAGCAGAAGGCGACGCUGAGCGUCGACAAACUCGAGCCAGAGCUUAGGGAGAAGGUCAAGGAGAAAUAUCCUGGCCUUUCUGAGGUGGUGUUCAACAAAGGAUUG